AUGGUGUCGGCCUUGCAGGUUAGCGAUGGACUAAGGCAUGGCCACACAACGUACCUUGCGGCUUUGAUUGAGACCAAACCAGGCAUAUUUUAUGAAGUACCGGAUAUUGUUGGUAAAGUGCUUGAUGAAUUCAAGGAUACGAUGCCCCCUGAGUUUCCUAAGGAGUUGCCUCCACGUAGACCUUGCGACCAUCGGAUAGAACUGGAACCGGGUUCUCAGCCCCCUGCUCAACCUCCUUAUCGGAUGCCACCAGCCGAGCUGGCCGAAUUGAGGAAGCAGUUGGAUGAGCUACUUAUUAGCCCGUUGACGGAUUUACUGAAGAAGGACAGGUGUUGGGAGUGGGACAAAGCUCAACAAGUUGCCUUUGAUUUGCUGAAACAAGCUGUGACCAAAGAGUCGAUAUUGAAGUUGGCAAAGUUCGACCAGCCAUUUGAGAAAUUGAAGGAUGCGGAGACCCGAUACAGUACCCAUGAGAAGGAAAUGACGGUAGUGAUUCAUUGUUUGGAAAUGUGGCGUCACUAUCUUUUGGGAACAAGGUUCACGAUUGUUACGGACAAUGUAGCCAAUACUUAUUUUCGAACUCAGAAGAAGUUGUCCCCAAAGCAGGCACGGUGGCAAGAAUUCUUGGGGGAGUUUGAUUUCGAUUGGGUCCAUCGGCCGGGGAAACAUAAUGACGUUGCUGAUGCUCUGAGUCAAAAGGCAGUGGCGUCCUAUGUGUUAGCCUUGUAUGCUGUUGAGUCCGACUUUGUUGAGAAAGUUCGUGGGGAAGCUCUUAAAGACACUGUCUAUGUAAAACUCGCCGAGCAAGUGGCAGCAGGUGAAGUGCGCAAAUAUUGGCUGGAGGACGGCUUACUCUAUGCCAAAGGUCGAAGGAUGUAUAUUCCAUCGGGAGGAAUGAGGCGCGAGCUACUGAAAGAUUAUCACGACUCUCAGUGGGUUGGCCAUCCCGGUGUUGAGCGUAUACACUAUGUGACCGCAAGCCAGGAUAAUUGGGUGGAAUUGUUGGAUAUGGCCCAGUUUUGUUAUAAUUUGCACAAGUCCUCAGCGACCGGUAUGAGUCCUUUUGAGCUGGUUUAUGGACAGCAACCUCAGCUACCGCAUGAUGUAGCGGUACAGCGUACUGGUGGGAAAUGUCCCGCAGCUUAUCGGUAUGCUCGGGCGCAGCACGAACUCUUGAUAGAGGCCCGAGAUAGCCUUGCUAAGGCACAGCGGAGGAUGAAAAAGUAUGCAGACCGCGGGCGACGGGAUGUGCAAUUCGCUGUUGGGGAUUUAGUGUUGUUAAAAGUGAGCCCAAAGGUAUGGAAACGGAUUUCGGCAAAGGCAGUCCAUCGUGGAUUGAUUCCAAAGUAUGAGGGUCCCUUUGAAAUCGUGAGCAAAGUUGGGAAUGUGGCCUAUCGGCUUAAGCUGCCUGACCGGUUGAAGCCCAUCGACCCGCGCCAGCGCCCGACGUGCUGCGCCCGGGUCCAGGCUUACUGUUACGGACCUGAGUUGAGCUGGACCCGGGCGCAUUCCCUUAUGUGCGCCAAGGGUCAAGAAACUGGGCACUUGUGCACGGUGUCGGAUAAAGGAACAAGUACAUUGACGUGGGAAAGGUUCCGGGCUAGCUUGGCGAGGAUGCUGGGUUGCAGAGCCGAGUCAAUGUAG